UCCGUAAUAGAAGAAGAAACUGAGAAAUGUACAUCUGCACAAAAUCAGGGUGAAGGAUCUGGCUAUGAUACACUGGUUCAGCAUGUUACUAAAAAGACUCGAGAAUCAAAAGAGUGAGUACAUGUACAAAACGCAUGUAAAAAACUACAGUGUCCAAAAAGAAUGACUUUCUCAAAUGUUCUUUCCUGCUUAUACUUGAUUUUAUCAGUUCCUGACUCUGUCCUUCUGAAAUCGUGUCCCUUCAUUAUUGUAACUCUUGUGAUUGACUUCUGAUUUUAUAUUGUUUGUAAUAUUUUCUUGCUUAAGCCAGAAAAAUUGUAUUUUAUGCUGGCAUUAUAACUCAAACAAGUUUCCCUGCAACAAAAUACUGCAGUGUAGAAUACUGCUGUUCAGGUUUCCAGCCAUUUUAUCAUGUCCUCAUCCCCUGGUUUUCCUCUCCUCUCCUUGAACGUUAGCCAGCAUCCCAGGCCCACUGAACAUGCCCAGUCCUCACUAGGCUAAUUUCGGGUUGUUGUUUUUUCCUCUCCUUUUGGAUCUUUUUGAGGGUGGCGUGGGGUAGACACACUUGGUAUCCAAUUCCAGUUACAUUUAUUAUUUUUUGAGUUGAUAUCUACAGUAUAGUUUUUCAGUGUGAACCAGGAAUAUAUGUCUGUUGUGUGUGUUUCCUCCUGUUUCUGCAGCUCUAUUCUACUCCCUCCCAACCAUGUUAGUUUUUCCUCUGCAUCUCAAUAGUUCUGGUUGGCCACUAUGAGAACAGGAUGGUAGAAUAGAUGGGUCACUGGCUUGAUCCAGCAGAUUCUUCUAAUCUUCUUGGUUUGUGCUGUCGAGUAGUUCAGGGGCUGGGUGUUGUUGUUGUUGUUGUUGUUGUUGUUGUUGUUGUAGUUCAGGGGCUGGUUGUUGUUGUUGUUGUUGUUGUUCAGGGGCUGGGUGUUGUUGUUGUUUUGAAUUGGUGUCUCCCUUCCUUAGCUUUCCACCCUGCAGAGUUUCAAACAACUGUGCUAGGUACCAUGGAAUAAUGGCAUGGUGUCGCAGUCCUAUACAUGCGUACUCAAGGAGUAAGCCAGUUGAGUUCAGUGGGUCUUCCCUGUAAAUGUGCAUAGGAUUGUAGCCAAAAUUGUAGUGUGUAGUUUGACCGGAAAUGUUGAGAAGAUAUAUCCUGCUUAAAACUAAUUCAGAUGAAUUUGUACAAUAAGCUCUUUACAGUACUGUAAGUACUUUACCAAAGAAUGUCACCCUCCCCCCUAAGUUAAAAGUUUCACUGCAAUUACAGUACAUUUUACAAAAUGUCUCUGGAAGGAAGCAGUGUAAUAAGUACAGCCAAUUUAUUAUCUGCAAGCCUUCACAAAAAUUACUCUUUGGUGUUAUUUUUUAGUAUUUGUUGCAGUAGUUUUUUCUUCUGCAUCUUUUUAAAUGCUACUUUAAAGCACUGUGCUGCAGAAUACCUCACUGUAACAAGCUAGAGGUAUAAACACAACGUUUAUGCAUCUUUUCUACCUCUAAGAAGGGAUUCAGGGAGGGACUGUAAACUAUAAUCUAAUCUGGAGCCCGUCAGGUGGUCCAGUAAAAAGAUUUUGGUUAAGUGGGAUUUUCACUGUUCAGUGUAAUUACAUUAGUACUGUUGGAUGUGAGGACAUAUCUGUCCUUGGCAUUAAUUGGGGGAGGCCUGUGUGAGCAUGACACUGCUGUGUGUAUACUUGUGCUUUUGUGUUCAUAGGUGGUAUUGGAUUAGGGUACAUGAUAGUCAACAAUUUCUGUGAAUAGUAGCAAAAUUAGAACUCCAUUAUAAUUAUUUACAACUGAAAAGAAAUGCAUUCAAUAAAUACUAAUUACUGAAAUGUUUCUGUCAGCCCAGUUAGUUAUGAGCCUUUACCAAACAAAAUAUUAUUGGAAAGCUUGAUCACUUUAAAUAUAGCCAGAUAACCUUCAGUCAGUGGGAGAUUGCAAGACGAAUGUGAACGUACCAAGGGUAAGGAGGACCCCUUGUAGAAAAGUUCAGUGAACCUCUAAUGAUGAGAUCAAUCUUAGGAACAUUUUAAUAGUAAUUUCAAUGAUAUGUGGAUGGCCUUGUUCUGUGAGAGGAAAUUAGAAAUGUCAUUGUGAAAAACUUCGUUACUUAAUCAGUGCUUAAUUGCUUUUAUAAAUUAAUGUGUGGACUGCUGUAUUUUUAAUAAGCCAUUUAUUUACAUUUAGGAAUGGCAUGUCAGUUUUGAGCCAACUGCACAAAGAAAUAUUUUUUAGAGAGCACAGAUGAAUGCAAUCCCUGUAGGGUAGCCUUUGUUUAUAUAUAUAAAAAAACACCCAAGGCUACAUACUGUUAUUUAGGAUUCUCAAUCUUCAUGGGUUUCUUUUUUAAGACUGUAAAGAAGAGUGAUUAGGAAGGCAGUGUUUAAAGGCACAAAUAAAUAUCCCAUAUACCCUUUACUUCACAGUACCCUUUCCCUUUUCACUGGGAGGACAGACUAGUGAAUCUCUAGUGGGAGGGAGUUCCAUGACCUGGGCAUUGUCAAGGAUAUGGCCCUAUCUUGCAUCAUUGAUACAUCUGUUGACAGGACCAUAUUAAGGACCUACCCUGCAGACUACAGUGUCUGACUAGGCAGAUACAGGAAGACACAGGAAGAGACAGUAUUUCCAGCAUUUGGGUUCUAAAUUGUUUAGGGUUUUAUAUGCUAACAUUGGCACCUUGAGUUGGGCCUAGUAGCAAAUGGGCAUUUAGUGAAAUUCCAGAAGGAUAGGUCUAAUAAUAGUAAUAAUAAUAAUAAUACCCUUAUUGUCAAUGUACAACCUGCGCACAAUGAAAUUAACCAAGCCUCCCCCCCCCCCGGUGUGCAUGUCGCACAACACACCAAUCCCGAAAGUCAGUUGCACUAUAUUUUUUUCCGUUCAGCAGCCUAACAGCCCACAGAUAGAAACUAUUUUUUAGCCUGUUGGUUUAUAUACUUCUAUAUCUCUUGCCCGAGGGUAGAAGAUUAAAGAGGUGCUGGCCGGGGUGUGAAUUGUCCCUGAGAAUUUUUCUCACUCUCCUAAGGCAAUGAUCUCUUGCGAUGUCAUCUAGCGGGCUCAGGGGACAGCCCAUGAUAGCAUGUGCUGUGUUCACCACCCUCUAUAAAGACUUUAUGUCCGUGGUUGUCAAGCCAACGUACCACACUGUGAUACAAUAUGAGAGGACACUUUCUAUUGUGAACCGGUAAAGGAGGUCUUCAGUUGUAGUUUAAUAUGGUUCUUUCACAAGACCCUGAGAAAAUGGAGUCUCUGUUGGGCCUUCCCAACCACCUGAGUUAUAUUGCUUUUCCAAGUGAGGUCUUCACUAAGGUAAACUCCCAGGAAUUUAAAGGAAGAGACUCUCUCCACACAAUUUCCUCCCCCUGAUAUACAACGGGGCUAGUUCCCCUCUCUUCCAAGUAUAAAAUGAUAGUGUUCUGCUGCAACUUCCAGAUUGUCUUCAAUGGUAGCCCCAUGUAGAUUGCAUUGCAAUUAUUUGGGCCUCAAGCAACAAAACUGGUGUAGUCUUUGAAUCUGCUCCUACAGGGGAUAGUGGAUUCAUCCAGAACAGAUUUAUUCCCCACCUGUCUUGUCAGAAAAUAUAUAGAACCUAAACACCCAAGGCAGCAUUGGCUAGGUUUCCUAAAGAUAUGGUUUGUGGUUCAGCAAUACAGAGACUGUAUUUUCCUGUUCCUUUUGCUCUUUGGUCCCGAUACUAGCUUGGUUGCUUUGUAUCUGAAUGUAAAUCAGUUUGCUAUGGCAAUCUGUGACCUUUUCUAUUUUCCCGUUAAUUCUCCACUUUCAAGUUUAUUGUGUAAAAGUCCUUCCGUGAAUAGGUACUAACAUUUGUAUGAUUUCACUCACGUAUGGUUGGGCAUCUCUGAAGGUAACUUCCCAACCAUUGCUUCCCCUUAAAAGUUUCUGUUCUGACUGCAAUGCUACCAGUGAAAAGAGACCACUCACUUCCUAUUGACUGUACUUACCUACCCACAACUAAGUCCCAUUGAUGUUAGUGCUUAGGAGUUCAGCUUGUGUGCAAUAUGAUUUGUGAACUUUAGUCUGUUUGUUUUUAUAACAUUUGUUCUGCUCUGAAGGUAUAGAGAAAUGAUGCAUUCUCUGAAGAAUGUUAUGAUGGUUGUAGUUGAAUCUUUAAUUAACAAGUUUGAAGAAGAUCAGAUGCGCUAUAAGGAAAUUCAGAGGAAAGUGAAAACAGAACAGCACAGCAGUUACUAUACAGAUAAUUGCUCUGAUAGUGAUUCUUCAUUUAAUCAGAGUUAUACAUUCAUGAAUCAAGAACAAUUGCAACUACUGGUAGAAAGGCUUGAUCCGGUACAACCUAAGGAGGUGCGUCAGGAAGCUAUGCAGACAUUGUGUUCUGCUCCUCCAUCUGAUAUAUUAAACUGUGAGAGUUGGGCUAAUUUACGUAAACAUCUUGCAACAGCACUUUCAGAUCCGGAUUCCAAUUUCAGUGACAAAGUUUUGAAAUUCUAUGCCAAGACAUUUUCUUCCUCUCCACUAAAUAUGACAAGGGAACUGUAUACAAGUUUGGCAAAGUAUUUAGAGAUGUACUUCCUUUCUGAAGAUAGUUAUGUUCCUACCAUAUCAACAGGUAUUGAUAUAAGCAACCCAGAUAUAAUCCGUUUACUUAAAAAGAUACGUCUGCUAAAUGAGUACCAGAGGGAAGUCCCAUCUUUUUGGAUUCGUCAUCCAGAAAAGUACAUGGAAGAAAUAAUGGAGAGUACCCUGUCACUUUUGUCAGCAAAGCGUGACUCAAGCCACCCUGUUUCUUUGGAUCCCGUGUACUUCUUGGCUCUAGUCGAUCUCAAGGCUGUUUGGUUUAAAAAAUGGAUGCAUGCAUAUUACAGCAGGACAGUGGUGCUAAGGCUACUUGAAAAAAAAUACAAAUCUUUGAUUAUUGCAUCUGUUGAGCAGUGUGUUUCCUAUCUGGAAACUUGUGAAUCAGUGGUUGAUACAACAGGCAGGUUUAAUUCUUUCUCCACAUUGCAUAAUGGUAAUAAACAGAAGAAUUUUUACACUGGAAACGAAUUACAGUAUAUAUAUUUUGUUCAUUCCCUGAGCCUCUUAGGAAGAUUAUUGAUAUAUAAACAAGGCAGAAGACUGUUUCCUAUUCAGCUGAAAAACAGAAAAGAUUUGAUGUCCUUGACAGACCUUGUCAUAAUGUUUACUCGUCUUAUCUAUUGCGCCCCAAAUUGCACAAAGAUGCUUACAGUUCAUUCAGGCAAUUAUUCUCCAGCAGGCCUUAUUACUGAUGUGCUCGGAAUUCUUUCUGAGAGAAAAGAAUGUGCAACUGAAUGUCUAUAUACUAAUACAGUGAUAGAAGCACUUCUUCAGCCAAUACAUUAUUUACUGAAUGGAACAGAGGUGCAUCUAAAUUCUCCUGAAACAACUCUAAUACAUAUAGCUGAUAUUUUGGCAAGGAUUGCUGCUGCAGAUGAUGGUCUUUCACUCCUUCUCUAUGGAGGAGAAAAGCCCUCUGCCAUGGAGGGUAGUAGCCUUAGGGGUGCACAUACUAUCGUUCAGUUUACAAAGAAGCUUCUUGAUGAAGACAUUUCUGUUCUGUCUGGGUCUGAGAUGCUGCCAGUGCUCAAAGGUGCUUUCAUCUUUGUAUGCCACCAGAUGUAUAGUACUUGUGAAGGCUUGGAGGUGUUGCUACCUUACCAUUUACAUGGAUCUAUUUCUGAGGCUUGGAAAAAGACUAGUUUGCUUUCGGAGAGAAUUCCUACUCCUGUUGCGGGGGCAGAUUGUGUAUCAUCAGCAAGUCAAGAAUCCCAGAGCUUAUUUUUUGUACGCCAAGAUCAUCUUCAGGUGCCCUUCUCAAUGUACCCCCACAAUUUCAGUAUUGUACUGGAAGAGACGUUGUUGGAUGAUUUACUAAAUUUUGCAGCUACACCUAAAGGGCUUUUGCUGCUGCAGAAUACGGGAACAGUAAACGAGUGUGUGACUUUCAUGUUCAACAGGUUUACAAAAAACCUCCAAGUCUGUGGGUUUGAAAAGUUUGGCUAUGGAGCAAUUGUAUCGCAAGUAGCUGCAACAGCUGCAGGUGCUGUAGCUCUACAGAGUUCAGGAUUUAUAAAAGCACUUGUUACCGAAUUGUGGGGUGUUCUAGAGUGUGGAAGAGAUGAUGUCCGAGUAACUCAUCCCAGAUCAACACCAGUUGAUCCCAUUGAUCGGAGCUGUCAGAAGUCUUUUCUAGCUCUGAUAAACUUGUUAUCCUACCCUGCUGUUUACGAACUGAUAGGUGAUCAAGUGAUACCUAAUAAACCAGAAUAUUCUCUCCGUGAAGUUCCUACAGAUAUUAUUGAUAUCAUUGACAGGCUUAUAAUUGUGAACACAGAAGCUAAAAUUCAUUCAUUGUUCAAUUAUGAGCAGUCUCAUAUCUUUGGCCUAAGGUUAUUAAACGUGCUCUGCUGUGAUCUAGAUACACUUCUGCUUUUAGAAUCUCAGUAUAAGGUAUCAGAAGUGCUCUUAGAUGCCCAAAGAGAAAAUACCAUCUACAUUUCUGAAACUUCUCGAGACUUUAUAAUUGAUGGCCUGUCAGUAGAGAGAAACCAUAUUCUUGUUAGAAUAAAUCAUGUUGGUGGACCAACGGAACGGAUCUUGCCUCCAAGAAUAUUGCAUAAGGGUGAUGAUCCAUAUCCUUGGCCCAUGUUUUCGUCAUAUCCUUUACCAACAUGCUAUCUUGCUGAAUUUCCAAGAAAAACUGACACAAGGCAAGAUGGUGAUGCUAGCAAGCUUGCAUGUGCUUUAAAAAAUCCAGAUAAACCGCUGGAAUUGAUUGAACAUAUUAAAAGACAGUUUUGUGAAAUCAUGGAAAACAAACCUACUGUUAUGAGUGGAACCAAUUUGGCAGAAUUAAUGGAAAUGUUUGUCUUGCAUCUUUCUGAAACACCAUCAGAAUGUUACUUCACCAGCAGAGAAUGUGAAGCUGAUGCAAAUGUGGAGAUCAAACCUCUUUCAUCUGUACAGCAGCUUGGCAUUAAAAUGACAAUCAGCUAUGGUAAACAUUUGAACCUGCUGAGAGAGAAUGCCGAAGAUGAUCUAUGCCAUGUAAUAAUGCACUGUGAAAAUUUUUUGAAACGACAACAGGCAGUUCUAAGGACAUCGUUGCGUGGUCUGCAGGGAGGAUAUGUUGGCUUUGAUUGGUUUGCAGCUUCUGUAUUUCUAAUAAUGAUGGGAGACAGGGAAAAAACUUUAAAUUUUCUCCAACAUUUCUCCCAUCUUCUUGUGUCAGCAUUCCUUUGGAUACCACGGCUGCACAGUUCUAUUCACCUGCCCAUUGACACAGCAGCGUCUGGUAUCCAUCCAAUCUAUUUUUGCAGUGCACACUAUGUUGAGAUGUUGCUGAAGGCUGAGUUACCCCUAGUCUCGUCUGCGUUCCAUAUGUCUGGUUUUACAUCGUCACAGAUCUGUCAACAAUGGUUGACUCAGUGUUUCUGGAAUUACUUGGACUGGAGCGAGAUCUGCCAUUACAUUGCCAUUUGUAUUUUUCUUGGGCCAGAUUAUCAGAUUUAUAUGUGUAUAUCUGUAUUCAAGCAUCUACAGCAAGAAAUUCUUCAGCAUACGCAGACUCAGGAUCUCCAAGUUUUUCUUAAAGAAGAAGCACUUCAUGGAUUUCAAGUGAGUGAUUAUUUCAAAUACAUGGAAAACUUGGCUCUAACCUACAGACCAGUGCUGCUAAGAGACAUGAAGAACAUUAGAGUGCAGAACACAUAGAUCAAGCAAAUGAGCCUCUCAUUUCAAAUUUUAGUUACGUUCUUAAAAGGACACUGAUUAUUUGUUUUAUAUACUCUAUAAAAAUGCAUUCAUUCUAAAUGUACAUACUGCCAAAUCAAUAAUAAGGCUUUUCAGCAUUCCGCUUUCACAAGACAUCCUCUAAAUUGGUUCAUCUGAAAAAUAAUGUGUUUUUCUAGCCAUGCACCAUAGCCUUGUUUACACUUGGCUUCAGAACCUGCCCCUGAAUUACUUAAAUGUCCUGCUUAUAUUUUCUUGGAGUGAUUUCCAUACUAUUAAAUUUUGCUUCCCUUCAACAUCUACCUUAAAUUUCUAAGUUGCAUACAAGUUUGCCAAUAAGAUACAGUAAUAUGAAUCCCCAUUCUGAAAAACCCAGCCUUACUUAAUGAUAAAUAAAGGCAGAGCUGCUUCCUUGAAUGUAGCAAGAUUGACCUUCGAAGGUCUGGAAACAGAACGUCCUUGAAGAUUCUCCAUUCUGAGUAUUUUAGUCUGCAGUAGAAUUGUAGUCGUUUUUUAACAAUGUACACUAAAAGCUUUUCUUGAUGUUUUAUGAGCUGAACAAAUUAAACUUCCUGUUAUGAUAAUAUGCAGUAUUUAUUGUGUUUUUGUGACUUCUCUGUUAUGCCAAAAUUGAAAGCGAGGAGGUCAGUUUUGAGGUGUGUGUGUGAGUGUUGCUAAUAAUAUUUUCAGUUGAUCUGGAGUUAAGCUGUCUGCAGGCUUCUCCAAGGUGGGCAUCUUUUAUGGUGCACACAAAUUAGGUAUAUGUAUUAAUUAACAAGUUAAACAUCAAAAAACUGAAAUUACCGGGACUUUAAAAGUGCUAAAAUUUGGCUGAAUUUUACCCAAACAUGAUCACAGAAUUCUGAAAUGUACAUUCCUGUGUAAUGGUGAACAGUUUUGGCUGGCGUGCUGAAUUUAAACUCAGUGAUUUCUUUUAAAGACAAUUCCCCAUCCGCAUGUGCUCUGUUUGCAUGUGACCACGAACACACACGGUGCCAGGAUCUCAGAAGUAGAUUCUGGAAAUGGGGCACCCUGGAGAGGCGUCCAGGCUUGUCAGGAGACCCUACCCAGAGCCUGAAUAGGAUGUCCUCUUAAGGCUCUGGGGAGGAUCUCCUUGUGAGCAGGAGGCCUUCUUGCCUAACAGCUGAUUUCCAGGGUAGCACGGAAACCGCUGCUUCCCCACCUGUCAGCUGUGAGAGAGCAGAGCUGACCCUCUGCUUGCAUGUGUGAGCCAGAGGAACAGUCCAGCUCUGACGCAGGUGAUGUGGACCAGAAAUGGAAUAAUGUGUGCACGAGUAGAGAGACAGUUUGGUUCUCCCACAGCUGGUGAAUAGGGAGGCUCUUACCCAUGCAUCAGCUGAGCUGAUACAGGCAACUCCCUAUUUUAUGUGUUUUUGCAUAUGUCUGUGGGCGUUCGGAACAUAACCCCCGCGUAAAUGGGGAGUCACCUGUAUAUUUGUUUAUUAUUAAGGUCUAUACCAGGCAUCCCCAAACUUCGGCCCUCCAGAUGUUUUGGACUACAAUUCCCAUCUUCCCUGACCAGUGGUCCUGUUAGCUAGGGAUCA